CUCCCCCCUAACCCGCAUCAAUCCCCAACUGCACACCAGAGCCCUCAGCUCUUAUCACUGGCCACUCAGUGCUUGACGUCCACGGGGGGCUGCGCUUUAAUCUGGAGGACAGCCACUUGCUAUUCUUAAAACUCAACUGUGUGGUGCAGCAGUGAGGGAGAGAUCUCUGUUCUCCCUUUGCUUCUUUUCUUGUGCCUACAGCUUUGUCUGGUAAUAUGGUUUUUGUUGUUUCAAUUGAGCCCGCGUGAAAGUGAACUUCACAAGUGAAAAGUUUUUACUGUUUUUUGAGGAUAUCUGUUGCAAGUCACCAUGAGCUCCAGCCUCGUCAACUCUUUGGCCAAAGUCUACGAUCCAAACCCUCUUCACGGUCAGAAGCCUCUUGGACGGAAGCCUUCACUUAGCGGAUCAGACAAAUUCCUUGCUUCUUCAUCAUCAUCUUCCUCUCCUCAUGAUGUCGCCUUGCGCUGCGUGGAGAGCCGAAUGGACUCCCUGAGCUCUCAGAUGGAGCGCUUGCUCAACAUGCAGCAGACCGUCUUGACCCGGCUGGAUGGCUUGUCCCAGGACGUCAGGGGUAUGGGUCAGGAUCUGGCCUGUUUGUGUGAAGAGGGCCGUGGAGGCAGACGUGUGUCUGGGGUGGAGGCGGCGUGCAGGGAGGCUUGCAGGGAGCUGUGUGGGGUCGUGGAGAGGGCCAGCGAGCGGAUGGAGAGUCAGGGGCGCAGGCUGGAAGGGGUGGAGAGACUGGUGGAGGGCACCCAGCAGGUGAUCAGCUUCAUUGGGGAGGUGGUGAAGAGCUCCAGGCUGGUGGAGCUGCUGUUUAAACAGCCUGGGAAGAAGGCAAACAAGAAGGCAAAGGAUGACAAGGAUAAAGCCAAGCUGUGCCUGAAGGGCUUGAAGGCCCAGAAGAAGAGGAGAGCUGCAGACGCAUCAGACACUUCCUUGCUGAAUGAGCCUGUGCUGCAGGAGCAGGUGGAAAAGCUCAACAGGCAGAACACGGAGCAUUCCCAUGGAAAAGCAGAGGCUGACACUCAGAGGACGGAGGACAGAGGAAGAACGCAAGAGUCGACAGAGCUGAUCCUGAGCGGAGCACGCACCUCUGCCCCCCAGUCAGAAGACAGGAAGGAGGCAACCAAGGAGGGAGAGGAGGAAGAGGAGGGCGAUGUCUUUGGGGACUCAGAGUCAGAGGUAGAGGCAGAAGAUGUUAGUCCAGAACAGGCUGCAAAAGUGGGGGAUGAUGGGAAGAAAAAGCAUAAAGGAGGAGCGGAAGAGCUGCCAAAACCUGGCAAGGCCCAGAGUGUCACCGCAGAUAUCUGCAAGACCUCUCUUCUACCGCAGGAAAGCACUGAGGAGAACGGUGAUGUGGCCACCUGCAGCAAACGUCGUGUCACAGAAGAAGACCUGGUGAAGGACGACAACAAGAAGAGCAGAGUCGAAGACAGCGAGGUGAAAAAUGUUGAUGGACAGGUGGUGGAGGGGGGCACGCCACAGGCCUCCAAAUCUGACAAAGUCACAACAGAGACUGAAGAAAAGGGGAAGGAGGGAGAGUCAGCAGAGACGGAAUUUAUUAUUGACUCAAGCCCUCCACCAUUAGCACCUUUCGACCACCGCAUCGUGACGCCCAAACCCCAUCAGAUAGCCAACUAUUACACUAUCAACAGAGACGAAGUCCUGGGAGGGGGACGUUUUGGACAAGUCCACAAGUGCAUAGAGAACUCAUCUGGCCUGACGUUGGCUGCCAAGAUCAUCAAAGCCAGGAGCCAGAAAGAGAAGGAUGUGGUGAGAAAUGAGAUCCAGGUAAUGAAUCAACUGAAUCACGCCAACCUCAUCCAGCUGUACGCCGCCUUCGAGUCACGCCAUGACAUCAUCCUGGUCAUGGAAUACGUGGAGGGAGGGGAGCUGUUUGACCGCAUCAUUGAUGAGAACUACAACCUGACAGAGCUGGACACAGUGCUGUUUAUACGCCAGAUCUGUGAAGGGCUGCAGUACAUGCACAAGAUGUACAUCCUGCAUCUUGACCUCAAGCCUGAGAACAUUCUUUGUGUCAGCAGAGCCACUAACAAGAUUAAAAUCAUCGACUUUGGCCUGGCCAGGAGGUAUAAGCCCAGGGAGAAGCUGAGGGUCAACUUCGGAACACCUGAAUUUUUAGCUCCUGAAGUCAUCAACUAUGAGUUUGUUUCAUUCCCCACAGACAUGUGGAGCCUUGGCGUCAUCACUUACAUGCUGCUCAGUGGCUUGUCUCCGUUUCUGGGGGACGAUGACAACGAGACACUGAACAACAUCCUGGCCUGUCAGUGGAACUUUGAGGAGGAGGAGUUCACAGACAUUUCUGAUGACAAAGACUUCAUCACCCUUCUGCUGGUGAAGAGCAAGAGCUGGAGGAUGAGUGCAGCAGAGUCCCUCAGACACCCCUGGCUGUCAGACCGGAGUCUGCACUAUCGACUCAACCAGAAGAAAAACAAGUGCCACUCCACACAUGCUCCUUCUCCAGAGAGCUAGACAGAAACACCGUGAGGCCCUCAGCAUGCCUUUUGACAAUGUAGGGCCAUGGAGCUCAACACUGGACCAAUGCUGCUUUACCUGUAAGGCUACUGGACGACUACACUUGCAUCUCAUGCUUUGCACCGCAGCUUGUAGCUCUGACCUGAGAAAAACAGACUUUUUUAAUGCUGCCAUCAAGGCACAAAAUUAUCUGUUAGCAUGCUUGCUGUCCUGUGGAGCACAAAACUUCAGACUGAACCAGUGAGGACUCGCUCUUUCUACAGUGGUGUGCAGAGUGACCUGUCACAAUAAUGACUCCACAGUAUUAGAGACUAAAGACCUGAAUCUACACCUACAACUUCCACAUGUACCACUGAAAAGGUGAAGAGAAACUGAAAAUCAGCAGUUUAGCGUCAAACAGAGGCUGUUAUCCUCCCCCUGACAGUGAUCAAUUUUGCAUAUUCUCCUGGUUUGUUGCAUGCUUUGCACCUGGCCUAUUUCUUCAAGAUUUAGCAAACAACUCAUAGACUGAAUGCUAUUAUUUGAAUAAUAUAUUUUUGUGAA